CCCCGGCAGGCUAGCCCGCCAGCCCGCCUGCCAGGCCGCCAGCUCUGCUGGAGCAGCUCGGCAGUGGCUAGAUGAAGUGGCUGCACCAGGGAGAGGGAGAUGAAGACGGGCCAGGCUGGGCAUGCCGGUCGGCCCCACGUCUCCUGGCCCACCCUGUCGGCUGUGCCCACCAGCGGGGGGAGACUUGCCAGCUUCUUUCCCGAGUGAUGCCCGUUUCCGCAGAUACUCGGUUUCCCUGGAGCCAUCACGGGGAGAGGAGGACUUGCCACCUGCCCCUGGACCAGGUGCCAUGAGGUGAGCGCCAGGACCGCUGAGCCUCCGCAGAGCCACCAGCCAUGCCCGGGAUCGUGGUGUUCCGGCGGCGCUGGUCUGUGGGCAGCGAUGACCUCGUCCUGCCAGCCAUCUUCCUCUUCCUUCUGCAUACCACCUGGUUUGUGAUCCUGUCCGUGGUGCUAUUUGGCCUGGUCUACAACCCGCACGAGGCCUGCUCCUUGAACCUGGUGGACCACGGCCGCGGCUACCUGGGCAUUCUGCUGAGCUGCAUGAUCGCCGAGAUGGCCAUCAUCUGGCUGAGCAUGCGUGGGGGCAUCCUCUACACGGAGCCCCGCGAGUCCAUGCAGUACGUGCUCUACGUGCGCCUGGCCAUCCUGGUGAUCGAGUUCAUCUAUGCCAUCGUGGGCAUUGUCUGGCUCACUCAGUACUACACCUCCUGCAACGACCUCACUGCCAAGAACGUCACACUCGGGAUGGUCGUCUGCAACUGGGUGGUCAUCCUCAGCGUCUGCAUCACCGUCCUCUGCGUCUUUGACCCCACCGGCCGCACCUUCGUCAAGUUGAGAGCCACCAAGAGGAGGCAGCGCAACCUGCGGACCUACAACCUGCGGCACCGCCUGGAGGAAGGUCAGGCCACCAGCUGGUCACGCCGGCUCAAAGUGUUCCUCUGCUGCACCCGGACGAAGGACUCACAGUCAGAUGCCUACUCGGAAAUCGCCUACCUCUUUGCGGAGUUUUUCCGGGACCUGGACAUCGUGCCGUCCGACAUCAUCGCUGGCCUGGUGCUGCUCCGGCAGCGACAGCGGGCCAAGCGCAAUGCCGUGCUGGACGAGGCCAACAAUGACAUCUUGGCAUUCCUGUCGGGGAUGCCAGUGACGAGAAACACCAAGUACCUCGACCUCAAGAACUCGCAAGAGAUGCUCCGCUACAAAGAGGUCUGCUAUUACAUGCUGUUCGCGCUGGCUGCCUACGGGUGGCCCAUGUACCUGAUGCGGAAGCCCGCCUGUGGCCUCUGCCAGCUGGCACGGUCCUGCUCGUGCUGCCUGUGCCCCACGCGGCCCCGGUUUGCCCCUGGAGUUACCAUCGAGGAAGACAACUGCUGCGGCUGCAAUGCCAUUGCCAUCCGCCGCCACUUCCUGGAUGAGAACAUGACGGCCGUGGACAUCGUCUACACUUCCUGCCACGAUGCGGUAUACGAAACCCCCUUCUACGUGGCAGUGGACCAUGACAAGAAGAAGGUGGUGAUCAGUAUUCGGGGAACCCUGUCCCCCAAGGACGCCCUGACUGACCUGACUGGUGACGCCGAGCGCCUCCCCGUGGAGGGACACCACGGCACCUGGCUGGGACACAAGGGAAUGGUCCUCUCAGCUGAGUACAUCAAGAAGAAGCUGGAGCAGGAGAUGGUCCUGUCCCAGGCCUUCGGGAGAGACCUGGGCCGUGGAACCAAACACUAUGGCCUGAUUGUGGUGGGCCACUCCCUGGGUGCAGGCACCGCUGCCAUCCUCUCCUUCCUCCUGCGUCCCCAGUACCCGACCCUCAAGUGCUUUGCCUACUCCCCACCAGGGGGCCUGCUGAGUGAGGACGCCAUGGAAUACUCCAAAGAAUUUGUGACAGCCGUGGUUCUGGGCAAAGACCUCGUCCCCAGGAUCGGCCUCUCCCAGCUGGAAGGCUUCCGCAGACAGCUCCUGGAUGUCCUGCAACGAAGCACCAAGCCCAAAUGGCGAAUCAUCGUGGGGGCCACUAAAUGCAUCCCCAAGUCGGAGCUGCCUGAGGAGGUGGAGGUGACCACCCUGGCCAGCACUCGGCUCUGGACCCACCCCAGCGACCUGACCAUUGCCCUGUCGGCCAGCACCCCACUUUACCCACCCGGCCGCAUCAUCCACGUGGUCCACAACCACCCAGCAGAGCAGUGCUGCUGCUGUGAGCAGGAGGAGCCCACGUACUUCGCCAUCUGGGGCGACAACAAGGCCUUCAAUGAGGUGAUCAUCUCGCCAGCCAUGCUGCACGAGCACCUGCCCUACGUGGUAAUGGAGGGGCUCAACAAGGUGCUGGAGAACUACAACAAGGGGAAGACGGCUUUGCUCUCUGCAGCUAAGGUCAUGGUGAGCCCCACCGAGGUGGACCUGACUCCUGAGCUCAUCUUCCAGCAGCAGCCACUGCCCACAGGGCCACCCGUGCCCGCCGGCCUCGCCCUGGAGCUGCCCGCGACAGACCACCGGAACAGCAACGUCAGGAGCAAGUCCCAGUCUGAGAUGAGCCUGGAGGGCUUCUCAGAGGGGCAGCUGCUGUCCCCAGUGGCGGCGGCCGCAGCAGCCCGCCAGGACCCCGUGGAGCUGCUGCUGUUGUCCACCCAGGAGCGGCUGGCAGCAGAGCUGCAGGCACGGCGGGCGCCACUGGCCACCAUGGAGAGCCUCUCAGAUACGGAGUCGCUGUACAGCUUCGACUCCCGCCGAUCCUCCGGCUUCCGCAGCAUCCGCGGCUCGCCCAGCCUCCAUGCCGUGCUGGAGCGCGAUGAGGGCCACCUCUUCUACAUAGACCCGGCUAUCCCCGAGGAGAACCCGUCCCUGAGCUCACGCACGGAGCUGCUGGCAGCCGACAGCCUGUCCAAGCACUCACAGGACACCCAGCCCCUGGAGGCGGCCCUGGGCAGCGGGGGCGCCACCCCGGAGCGGCCCCCCAGCGCGGUGGCCAAUGACCAGGAGGAAGAGGGGGGUGGCAGGGUGGCCUCCCGUGGAGAACUGGCACUGCACAAUGGGCGCCUGGGGGAUUCGCCCAGCCCUCAGGUGCUGGAGUUUGCCGAGUUCAUCGACAGCCUCUUCAACCUGGACAGCAAAAGCAGCUCCUUCCAGGACCUGUACUGCAUGGUGGUGCCUGAGAGCCCCACCAGCGACUACGCAGAGGGCCCCAAGUCCCCCAGCCAGCAAGAGAUCCUGCUCCGAGCCCAGUUCGAGCCCAACCUGGUGCCCAAGCCCCCGAGGCGCUUUGCGGGCUCAGCCGACCCCUCCUCUGGCAUCUCGCUGUCGCCCUCCUUCCCACUCAGCUCCUCAGGCGAGCUCAUGGACCUGACUCCCACGGGCCUCAGCAGCCAGGAGUGCCUGGCAGUGGACAAGAUCCGGACUUCUACCCCCACCAGCCGCGGGGCCAGCCCCACCAAGCAGGAUGACCUGGUUAUCUCGGCACGCUAGCACCCUGAGUGGCUGCCAGCUGAGGCCUGGGCCAGAGCAGGUGGCCUCUCGGGCUCCAUCCAGGUGGCUGCCCCCAGAGCCGGACAGCUUUGAGGAGAGGCUCCCAGAGACCAGUUCAGCCUCCGGCAUGGGGCACUGCUGCUGAGCUGGGGGUCCCCAUCCCUACCUCAGCUUAGGACCCCCCAGAGCCAAGGCAGCUGGGAUCUGGGCCCUUCAGAAAGGGGAGGGGCAGGGAGCAGGGAGGACAUGGCGCGGCCUGCCAGCCUGACCCGAGGGGCAUCCUGGUGCCCCCUAUUUCAGGACAGGCAGUGGGCAUUCUGACUCCCUAUCACUGCCUUCUGGCUGCUCUCCCAGGACCAAGAUGGAGAGCAGCCCCCUCCCCACACAAUUCUCAUCUGUGGUCCAGGCUGGCAUCUGCCCUGGCCACGCCCCAGAUCUGGUGCCUGCUGGCCAGCCCCUGGGGUGACCCCCCACCAAGGUGGCCCACAGUGCUGUGUAUGUUUACAGAAGCUGCUGGGCUGGGCUCAGGACGUGUCCUGGGCUUGCACGCCCCCUACCCCAAUCAUGUGUUCAGUAGCUCCCCUCAGAGCAGCGCAGGGGCCUAGAGGCGCCUGGAGGAGGGUGGAGUCAGGACUGCCCCUUCUCCGAUUGGUGUCCCCCAUGCUGACCCCUCUGUCAGUAGGCUCUGGGCACCUAGGCCUGCCCCGCCUUCCCUUUACUUUCUGGCUUGCCUUCUACUCCCAGGGAUCCUGGCCAUUCAAAAGGUGGAUGGCACAGGUGUGACCACCCCUCGCUGCAGAGUCAGUGCCCUGGGAGGGAGGGCACGGAAAACCCUCUUCCUUUGAGGGCCCCAUGGAACCCCCUUCAUAUCAUACCCGCCCCCCCCAUGCCUAGGCAGCCCCAGGCCCUGGGAUCUGAAACCAAACACACCUCCACUCCCCUGACGCCCCUCCUCACCGGCCUGGGCUCUGGCAGCGCUUUCUUCCCUACCACCCCGAAUGUUCUGUUGACAGGAAGCAGGGCCAAGAGUAGGGCAUUGUGGGACCCGUCUAGAGACCCCCUGCUCACUGCUGGGGGAGUACAGGAGGGUCAGGCUUUGGGGCUCUCCUGGCUUAGCCAGAGGUCUCCACAUCCCCCACUUGAGGGGUUCUUUCCCAGUUGGAUUGGGGAGGCAGAGACCAGGCCUUGCCCCAGAGGCCAAGUGGGGGAGGUUGUGCAUGCUCGCGUGGGGCGUGUGUGUGCAUGUGCAUGAGUGUAUACCGUUCCUGAGGAAGGGGCUGUUGGGGUGCCCACCCCACCCGACCCCACCUGCCUGCCUGCUGCCCCCUCCCUAGUCUGCCAAGAGAACAGCCAGUGAACGUGAUGUGGCUGGGGGCUGCAGGCGAGCUCAGUUUUGGCCAUCGCCCGUUCUCCUUGUCUCACCCGCUGCUCUGACCCCUGGUCUGGAAAACUUGUGCCGAGGCGUUGACCAUCGCUGUGCCUUCGUCUCCUCGGAGGCAUGCCCCCCCCCAACUCUGGGCCUGUCCACUGCCUCCCUGAGUCAUCUAGGCAUCCCUAGCCAAGACCCCCCAUUUCAUGAUCACUGGUAUCUGGUGCCUGUGCCCUGGGACCCCUGCCCUGGGACCCCUGCCCACCCUGACAGAUGAACACAGAGACCUGGGAGCUGGGUCUCCCUCACUCUGUGACUCCUACUCCUCACCAGGCUCCAGGACCCUGCCCUGCUGAGGGCCCUGCUGCUGGCAUAGCCUGGGCCCAGCACAGAAGCAAGACAAAUCAGUGGCUCUUGGAACUUAAAAAAAAAGACAAAUUGUAAAUCAGAGUAACGUUCCAACGAGCACCCCAGCCAAUAGCAGGGAGACUUAGGGUCUGGCCUUUUAACUCCUCCUCUGCCAAGGUGGGCCUGGGACCUCUAAGGGGGCGUGGCACUCACCCAUGCCCAGGACUGAGCCAUCAGGGACAGGCUCCCCACCCCAAGGCUGCAGCCGCACAAGGUUCCAGGCUUGGGGCUGGGGCAGACUUGGACUCAGCCCUGGGUGCCCCAGGGUCAGCCCACCCCUAACCUGCCCCCUCUUCCUGCACCACACUUGGGGGGGUCUGAGCCACCCCCCUCAGCCCAGCUCGGCUCAGCCCUAUACCUACUCUGUCCCCCAUACCUGCAGCACAAGCUCUCCCAGCUGGGCGCUGGCCUGUCCUCCCAGGGGCCUGGGGAACCUCCAUAUGCAAUUGGUAGUGAGCAGCCAGGCCCCACGGACACCAUGCACUCUACGUGCCAUUCUCCCAUAACUUUUUUUGUACUUAAUGUAUGAAAGAUCCAAACUAAUAUUGCUGUAAAAAGGAGAGACAAAUUAAUAUAGCUUAUUCUAUAAAUAUAUCUGUAUAUAGAGGUUUCUGUAUAUUGUACAGAGCUGUGUAUAAACUGGAUGUAAAAGCA